AACAACCUGUGUAUGAUGUAUUACUUAAUCACUCCAAUUCUUCUUUCUCUCGUUUUUGUUAUCACUUUUCGAUAUUUCUAUCCAUCAAAAACAAAAUUACCACUUCCUCCAGGUCCAUUUUCAUGGCCAUUUAUUGGAAAUCUUUUCCAAGUUGGUAGAAAACGUCCUCAUGCUUCUCUAGCAAAGCUAGCUCAAUCUCACGGUCCUGAUUUAAUGUCCAUAAGGUUCGGCACACGUCUCGUGGUCGUAGCCUCAUCCCCUGCAGCUGCUGCAGAGGUACUUAAAACACUUGAUCGUAUGCUUUCUGGUCGUUUCGUUUCUCAUCCCAUCCGAGUUGAGGGAUCGAAACUUCACAAUGUGUCAACUGCUUUUUUAGAAGAGUGUGAUGAGAAUUGGAAAAACGUUCGAACUAUAUACAGGGGAGCCCUGUUUUCUAACAAAGCAUUGGAAUCACAAGUAAGUUUAAGGGAGAUGAAAAUCAGGGAAAUGAUGCAAUAUUUAGAUACUAAAAAGGGACAAGUGAUUAAAAUAAAGUUCGUGGUUUUUGUGACCGCGUUAAAUGUGUUGGGUAAUUUACUUCUUUCAGUAGAUUUAAUUGAUUAUGAAGGAAAGGGAAUUGGUGCAAGACUAAGUGAGUACUUGCGUAAAUUUUCAGAGGCGGGUAAUAUACUGGAAUUAUCAGAUUUGUUUCCUGUUUUGGGUAUUUUCUGUACGGAUUUCCAGGGGACUUAUAAGAAACUUAUGGGUAUGUUUGAUAUUAUGUGCGCUGUUUGGGGAGACUUUGUUCAGGACAAAAUAAAAAGAGAUAGUUAGGAUGCUGUAGAUUUUGUAGAUGCUUUGGUUAAAAAUGGUUUCACUGAUAAACAUGUCAAUGCAUUGCUUGUGGAAAUAUUUGGAGCUGGAACAGAAUCUACGACUGCUACGAGUGAAUGGAUGCUUGUAGAACUCCUUAGAAAUCCACAAGCCUUACAAAAACUCCGUGAUGAAAUAUCACAAGUAGUAGGAGGAGGUAAGGGCAUUAUAAAGGAAUCCGAUUUGCCAAGCUUACCAUACUUGGACGCUUGUUUUAAAGAGACACUAAGGUUGCAUCCUCCUGGACCGUUGUUGCUCCCUCACCGUGCAGUGCAAACAUGUGAAGUCAUGGGGUACAGAAUUCCCAGAAACACUCAAGUGCUGGUCAAUAUGUGGGCAAUUGCAAGGGAUUCAAAGAUUUGGGACGAUCCUUCGAGCUUCAAACCUGAAAGAUUUAUCAAUUCAAAAUUCAACAACAAAGGGCAAAAGUUUGAGUAUCUUCCUUUUGGUUCGGGGAGAAGAAUAUGUGCUGGAGAACCCUUGGCAUCAAGGUUUAUUCCGUUAGCUGUCGCUUCAUUGAUCCAUAAGUUCGAUUGGAUUCUGCCAAAUGAAAUGGAUCCGGCUAAGAUUAACAUGGAUGAGGUAUUGGAUGUCACCAUGUUUAAGAAAGAUUCACUUUUUGUUAUUCCUAAAUUGCGGAGUGUGUGAGGGAUCGAGAGAAGCAGAUCGAUGAUCUUGUUGUAAAAUAUCAAUUAUUACUAUAUUGAUGUUCAUGUUGUAUGUCUAUUAAUCGUGAUGUAUUGUGUCAAAUUUAAGUCGUUUAAUUGUCUCUAAAUAACUUUCAAGAUAUUAACUUCUUGUGG